ACCUUCUCUUCUCAUACAAUCUCAAAGCAAAUUCCCUCUAGCUCUAAAAAACACACUAGCUUCCAAAGUCUUCUAAUCUCUUGCAAGUUGCAACUCAUCAACCAUGGCCUCAUGCAAAUCCUUCAUCACAGCUUUCUUUCUUCUUGCAACCUUCUCAUCAAGCAUGAGUUUGAGCCUAGCAUCAUCUCGUCACCUCUUGCAAACAACCACAACACCAAAUUUGCCCGGCAUCACUCCCACUUUGCCUAACCCUACAGGAUUGCCACCUUUGCCUUCAAACCCAACACUGCCUCAGGGCAAUGUUCCUCCUUUGCCCACUAUGCCAACUCUUCCAUCACUUCCUUCCAUUUUUCCAACACUCCCUUCCCUCACCCUCCCUCCAUUUCCAGCCUCUUCAUUCCCCAAAAUGCCCUCAAUCCCAAACAGUAUCCCGUCCUUCCCUUUCUUCUCCCCACCACCUUCAACAUCUAGCCCUUAAACCAUGUUCACAAGUUUGCAUUAUUAUGUGCUUAGCAUAAAUUGCAUGCAAUACACGUUGCAGCAUUUCGUUAGUCUAUGUGAGAGGAUUAUAUUAUAACCUUAUGAUUGUAUCUUUGUUGUUUAAUUAGCGUGUUUUUUUUUUAUCUUAUUUUGUAUUCAUGAGUUUGGUUGUACCUUUUUUAUAUUAUGGUCUAUAUAUGGAUGUUGAAUUACACAUUUAGUUACGAUUA